AUGGCUAGUGUUAUACUUGUCCCCGGGCUUGGUGGCCAUGCCAUGGGGUCCUUCAAAGAGCGGAAAGGGGAGCACGUGUGGCCACGAGACUCGCUACCGACCGCCCUAGUAGGGAGUGACGGUCAGAGCCAUGGCUCUCCCAUCGCAAGGAUCAUCACCUACGGCUACAGUUCUGGAGUCCAGGGAAGUAAGAGCGCACAGCAUAUCGGAGACAUUGCCAAGUCAUUCCAAUCCAGUCUCAUGGAACUGGUCAGAGGCUCUGAUCUGCGGCCUAUUGUACUCAUAGGUCAUAGUAUGGGAGGUCUAGUGAUAAAGGAGACGUUGAUAUCAUUGUCACAGUCUAAUAAUGAGAGGAAUACUAAGUUAUUCAGAGCAAUACGUGGUAUAGCCUUCUUUGGGGUACCACAUACUGGCAUGGACGCCGAGAGCAUUCGGGCCAUGGCUGAAGACGGCCCAAACCGCCCAUUGACUGAUUCUCUCAGCAGCGAAAACUCAUAUUUCCUGACCCAACAACUAGUUGCAUUUAACAGGCUACUAAAGAGCAACGCCAGUUCAAGGAUUGAGAUCAUAUACUUUUAUGAGACAGAGUUGUCUCCUACGGCAAAAAGGGAUAUCAAUGGAAAGUGGGCAAUGAAUGGCCCAGAGAAACUACUUGUUCCAGCAGCUUCCGCCUCACUACAGUGGGAUGGUGAGCGCAGCAACCCUGUCAAGCGCACUCACUCUGAGAUGGUCAAGUUUGGACAGUACGAUGAUGAGUGGCAGAAGGUUUCAGCUCAUCUCCGAGACCUUGUCGGUCAGGUUGUAAGACACCAAGGGGAAGAAGAAUCCAGACGAGCUUUGGAGACCCAGCAGGCGGCUAAUAAGGCUAUAGAGGGUGGGUGA